CUCGGCUCGCGUAGCCAGCGCGGCGUAGCGCGCAGUAGUGCGCUAGUGUUGCCGGAGUGCGCCCGCGUCCGCGUAGCAGCGUAGCGCUCGCGUAGCCGCAACUACUUUACGUUCAGUGUCGCCUUCUAGUGUUCUAUUGUAAUUAUUACGAGAAGAUAUCCAACUCAAUAUUCUGGAUGUGCAGAUACUCAACUGUAUAAACGUGAGCACCUGAGGGCGAUGAGUCGCGCGACAGAGGCGACAACUCCGACCUGUACCGAACUCAUUCCUUGCGAAACGACUGACGCUCGCACUGACAGCGCGUGACGCCAGCAUGGACCUGUCGUCGAUAUCGCCGCUGCAGCUGCUGCAGAACGCCACGGACAUGCUGAACUCGACCGACGAUGACACGUGGUACCUGGCGGACAGCGCGGCCGAGAUGUGGAGCAUGAACGCCACCAACAGCACGAACAGCACGAGUGCAGUGCCGGCGCGGCCCAUGAGCCGCUCGCUCGGCCUCGUGGUCAAGGUGGUGUACGCCAUCGGCAUCGUCGGCAACGCGUGCGCCAUCAUCGCGCUGCGCCGCGGCGAGCGACGCAUCAGGAACAGGAAGCAUCUGCUGCUGCUCACCUCGCUCGCCGCCAACGACCUGGUCGCGCUCGUGGGCAUGAUGUGCGCGCUGCUGGUGAGCGAGCUGGUGCCGGGCGCGGGCGGCUCGCGCGCCUACUGCGCCGCGCGCGUCGUGCUGCGCGUCUUCGGCAUCGGCUCCGUGUGCAUCGCCGUCACCAUGGCCAUGGAGCGCUACCUCGCGCUCACCAGGCCCUUCCUCUACCAGAAGCAAGUGACGUACUACGUGAUCCGCACGGCGCUGCUGGCGUCGUGGUUCUGGGCGGCGGCGCUGACGUGCGCGCCCAUCCUGGGGCUCGGCCGCUACUACAACGAGCCCGCGCGGGAGUGCGUGCGCUACCGCAACGCCGUCACCCUCAGCGACUUCGCCUACGCCAUCGUCUACGUCGUCUUCGGCACGAUGCUGUGCGUGGUGCUGGUGUACUGCAACCUGGCCGUGAUCCGCGCGCUGUACGCGAUCUCGGCGCCGCGCGGCGGCGGGCCCGUGGUGCGGCGCGUGUCCAAGUCGUCGUGCCGGCAGCGCGCGCGCACCGCGCCCGGCGCGCCCGCGCACCACAACGCCGCCACCGCCGAGGAGGUCGCCUUCAGCCGCCUCAUGGCCACGCUCUCCGUACUCUUCAUGAUCUGCUGGAUGCCGCAGAUGCUGACGUCGGCGCUGCACCUGGGGCUGGGCGCGCGGCCCUGGCUGAAGCCGCUGUCCAUGCUGUCGGACAUGCUGAUGCUGCUCAACUACGUGCUCAACCCCAUCCUGUACGUGCUCAUGCGCCAGCACAAGCGCUGGUCGCUCACCAAGCUGUGCCACUCCAUCGCGCACUGCUUCAAGCGGAGUCACAAAACGUCGACGGAGUCGGUGUCGAUGAAGACGUCGUGCUGCCCGCAGGAGACGGUGAUGGUGAGCGACAGCUCGGGCGCCGAGCUGCGGCCGCUGCGAGCGCCCGUGCUCGACUGACGGCCCGCCCCCGCCCGCUCCCCGCGCGCCCUGCCACCCUCCCGUGCUCUAUGUCAAUACAUUCAUGAGAACAAUCUGCAGUGAUGUGAGAGGAGUCCGUUAUGUCUUCGUACAGUCAGCAUGACGUGGUGUGACACAAGCGAGUGCUAUGCGAGCGAGUUAUUCCGCUGUGCACCAGUGUGAACAAGUGCUCGUCUCCGCUGCAUCGUAUAAUAAAAAUAAGUACAAAUUGUGUUGCAUUUCACACAGUACUUUAAGACCAAACACCGUUUUUGUCUGACCUGUCUAUUAUAUUGAACGUAUUAGCGCCAGCUAAGCCCUCUAGUGAUAAAAGGUUGAUGAAAAAUAAUUGACCAUAUCAAUUAUACUGACGGGAAACUAUGGUUCUGUCUUAAAGUAGGUACCUACACUAGUACCGGGACUGUUCGCACUGUUAAACUUCUAAUUAAGGUAUUGUAUAGUAAAGUUUAUUAAUAAGUAAUGUUAAAAACCGUAAAGAUAAUUAAAUACGUACAUAAUGAAUGUACCUACUUAACACAAAGUUAAAUGGUUUAGACCGACUAUAUGUAUUUCUGUAAUACGACGAUACAAGUGUGGAUGUGCAAAGCUAGUCAUUAAAAGUUACCCAAUAUGUUAUAAAUUCGUUGUACAUAAUCAAAAAUGUCAAUGAAAUGUUCUAUAACAAAUGUUAUUAAAGAUCACUUUCACCCCCCAACGAAUAAAUAACUACCUAUAGAUAGGAUUAAGUUAUUUAAGUAAAUGUGUGUAUAAAUAGAAAUAUUUUAGAGUAAUUUAUAGAUGAUACCUAGGUACCUACGUUGUAUUAAUAAUUAUAAAAAGUACAUUAACGUUCAUGUACUUUACUCCACCACGUAUUACAUUAUUAGCAUUCUUAAUUAUAAUCGCUUGUGCUGACAAGUGAUUUUAAUUAUAUUAUAGUAAUCUAAAAUCAUCAAUGCUUAUCACAUUUACAAUAACUCUGGCAACUGGGUCCUUGCCCACAAACUUCAUUUACUUGGGACGUAACACUUGUCAAAUCAAAUCAAAUCAUUUAUUUUUAUUUAAUUUAGGCCUUUUAAUUUCCCCUAUUGUAAUCGUCUAUGUAUUCUUUCGUACGUUCGCUAUUCGAGUACCUACUCUUUGUAUAUACCUACGUCCUUCGUAAUUAGGGCUGCCAUUUCGAAUUUCGCCAAACCCGGACAAAUCUUUAAAAAAACCCGGACAUUUGGCGUAAAUAGCAUUUUUUCCCCGGACGAGUCCGAUUUUUUUGUUUAACAAAACAAGACCUAAUUUUUAAUAUUACCAUAUUACUUAAAUUCAAUGAGGUCCUUCCUUACAUGAAAAGUCAGGGCCUCUCUAGCUCAUGUAGUACCUAGUAUUGAAAGAUUAUGACUUAAUGUAUUUCGAAGGUCAUAAAGCUCAUAUGGAAACUAGGAGUUACCUUCUUGAUAGGUUAGACAAAAAAAUGUUGAAAAAUACAAACAACUGUAAAGUGAAGUCGCCGCGAGCGCAGCGAGCGCGAAAAUUUUUGAGUUUUGGGUCACUAAAGCACCUAAACUUGUAUAAUAAAAAAAUCCGCAAAGUGAAGAAGCCGCAAGCGAAGCGAGCGCAAAAUUUUUUGAAUAUUGGGAUAUUAAAGUAGCUAAACGUAAAAAAAAAGUGUUAAGAAAAGAAGCCGCGAGCGAAGCGAGCGCAAAAAUUUUGGAGUUUUGGGACACUUCGACUUCUGCAUUAUUAGGCGCCCGGGUAAUUCGCAUACCCAGGCACCAUAGGUUAAGAUGGCCCUAUGAAAAAUGUCCGGGUUUUCCCCGGACACUUCUUGAAACCCCGCCCGGACGGCCCCCGGACGGCCUCCAAACGAGGACAAAUCCGGGGAAACCCGGACGGAUGGCAGCCCUAUUCGUAAUCCCUCACACAUGCAUAUUGGAUGGAUGUGCCCCAAGCCACCUAACUAGGUACCUAUAUAAAAUGAAAUGAAAUCGUUUAUUUUGCUAGUUGGACACUACAUCACUUUUACACUUCAUUUUAAGAACGCUGGGGUCGGCAUUUCCUAACUGACUGAUCCCUGAGAAGAAACGCCGAAACAAACUCAAGGGUUAUAUUCUUUUUAUAGUAUGGCUAUAAGUUUAUACGCCUACGUUAUUUAUUACACAGGAUAGGCUGCUUAAAAGGAGGCAUCUAGACCAUCAGUGCAAUCUUUAGGCCUACCAUUUUAUAUCACAGUCCUGUGUAUUGUAUCGUCUCGUGACGGUGCUAAUGGACAACGUCAAAGAGUGGGUAUAAUUGUGCGUGCAGAUAACUUUCUUGUACCUUUACAACGUUUUAUUUAAGUAAGUACCUACAUACCUUAAAGUACCUACUGACCGGCUACAUUUGUAAUACUCAUUGUAAGAUACUGUUCAAGUGUGAAAUAAUUUGUAUUAUUCUCAUAACGAUGUAGCUACUGUUGGAUUAUGGUUACGAUCGCUUAUUGAGUGACUUGUGUAUACCUUUCUAUUAUAAAAUGACAAAGAUGCACAUAGCUUUAAUAGUUAUAAUUUUACUAAGAUAAUCCGUCUGAAUAAUAUUACCUAUUAAUAAAAAAUAUCUAUGAUGCAUUA